AUUGUGCAAAAUGCGUUUCCCUUUCUCUCAUUAGCAUAGAAACAUCUUUUUUCUUUCUACGAUAAAGCGUUAGAAUUAUUAUAGUUGACAUGAAAGAGCUUCUACAGAAAAUAAGCAUAAAUAUUAAAAUAAAACAUAAAGAAUAGAUGAGUUUUAGAUGUUUUAUUAUAAAAAUAAACUGAAUGUGUAAGAAAUCAACCUCAAAAUCUUUUUCAUCCUUAUUUUAAUUAAUUAUUAUUAUGGUAAAAUGAAUAGAGGAAGUUUAAAUUUUUUAAGAUUUGGUGUGAGUAUUGUGGAAGGAUAAAGAAGUAGAUGCCCUGCCCUCACUUUAUUAAAUCUGAUUCCCAUAAUUAGGAUAUGGAGAGCCUCACUGCAUGGACUAUUGGAAACCAAAAAAAAUAGAGGAGCAGUUUCAAGCAUCUGAGUGGGAUGCAUACAAACAUAAGAAAGGAGUUAUGCAUCGCUUUUAUUCAUCACUCUCUCUCCAGAACAACAUGGGAGAGAGUGCGUGGAUUAUGUUCUGUAAUAACUCCAGCUGUUCAAAGGAAACUGGGAAGACAUCCAGUUCCGGUUUUCCAUCAAUUCUCAAUCCAUAUUCAUAUUUCAAUCAUGCUUUCAUCAUUUCUGUUGAUAUGCUGCUUCUCUUAGUGGCCUUCCUCGUCAUUUUUUGUAAAUUUUCCUCGAAGAAGAUCACUACAAAUUCACAGUCACAAAGCAUCUCUUUAGUGGCAGUUCUCUCUGAAAGUUAUAAUGGAAUACUGAGUGUUGCCUAUUUGUUCUUGGGGAUAUGGACCGUUUACCAUAAACUUGAUAUGGAUCAUACGGUUUUACCUCUGGAUGGAUGGUUGGUGUUGCUAUUUCAAGGGUUUUCAUGGUUGCUUCUAGCCAUAUCUGUGAGCUUGAAGAAUCUAAACCUUCCAUGUACAAUAGCAGUAAAGGCUUGUUCAAGUUUUACCUUAUUGUAUGCGGUAUUUCUCUGUAUUUCAUCUCUACUUGAAGCUACUGCAGACAAAACUGUGUCAAUUAAGAUCAUUUUGGAUGUUUUAUCUUUUCCUGGAUCGAUUUUGUUUCUAUUCUGCGCCUUUAGAGGACACGGUUCGAAGGAUACUGAUCCGGGAGGUGAUUUUGAUGCUUGCUAUGCACCUUUGCAAGGUGAGGAACAUGAUUCAACUGACGAAACCAGUGUCAACCAUGACAUUACUCCCUUAGCCAAUGCUGGGGUUUUAAGUAAAAUGUUCUUUUGGUGGUUGAAUCCUCUAUUGCAGAAGGGUAAGGAGAAAAUUCUAGAGAACAAUGAUAUUCCAACUUUGCAGCAGGCAUGUCAAGCUCAAGCAUGCUACUUGAAGUAUAACGACCGACUGAGUGAACAGAAACGAAGAAAUUCAAGUGGUUCAAUUUCUAUGCUGUCAAUAAUUGCAUAUUCUCACUGGAAAGCAAUGUUGACUUCCGGGGUCUUUGCAUUGAUCAAGAUUCUCACACUAUCUACAGGUCCAUUGUUUCUUAGAGCCUUUAUUGCUGUCGUUCAAGGUAAUGAAACCUUUAAGUAUGAGGCUUACGUGCUGACCAUUGGCCUGCUUAUAGCAAAAUGUUUGGAGUCUAUAUCUGAGAGGCAAUGGUUCUUUAUAACAAGAAUGGUUGGACUUCAAGUUAGGUCUAUGCUAUCUGCAGCAAUAUAUCGAAAGCAACAAAAAUUAUCGAAUGCUGCUAAAAUGAAUCAUUCUCCUGGUGAGAUAGUGAGUUAUGUCACCGUAGAUGCCUACAGAAUUGGUGAGUUUCCGUAUUGGUUUCAUCAGAUAUGGGCAACAAGCGUUCAGUUUUGUCUAGCAUUAUUCAUUGUAUACUCUUCUGUGGGACUGGCAACUUUUGCUGCAUUAGCUGCAAUAAUAUUGAUAGUGGUUGCAAGUUAUCCACUUACCAAAUUACAGCUUGAAUGUUACAAGAAAAUCAUGUCGGCGCAAGACAAAAGACUUAAAGCAAUUACGGAGGCACUCGGAAAUAUGAAGUUAUUGAAGUUGCAUGCUUGGGAGACACAUUUCAAGAAGGUUAUUGAAAGUUUAAGGAAAGAUGAGUUCAAAUGGAUAAUAGGGAUUCUGUCACAAAAAGGGUACCAACUAGUUUUGUUUUGGUCUUCUCCCAUUGUAGUGCCUGCUGUUACUUUCUGGACUUGCUACUUGCUAGGGAUUACACUCAAUGCUAGUAAUGUCUUCACAUUUUUGGCCAGUCUUCGCAUUGUUCAAGAGCCGGUUAGGUUGAUUCCUGAUAUUGUUCAAGUAUUCAUUGGGGCUAAGGUUUCCCUGGACCGGAUUGAGAAAUUCCUUGAGGCACCAGAGUUGGGAAACAGAAAGCUAGAGCAAGAAUGUGAAGACAAAAAUUUUGAGCACUCCAUUCUCAUAAAGUGUAAUGAAAUCUCUUGGGACAUUAACCCUUCAUCCAAACCUACCUUAAAAGACAUAGAUAUGGUGGUUAAACCAGGAGAAAAGGUUGCUAUUUGUGGAGAAGUUGGCUCAGGAAAAUCAACUCUUUUAGCUGCUGUUCUUGGAGAAGUUCCAAAAGUCAAUGGCACAGUUCAUGUGCAUGGGAAGAAAGCAUAUGUUUCUCAGACAGCAUGGAUCCAAACAGGAAGUAUACAAGAAAACAUUCUUUUUGGCUCUGUGAUGGACCCUGUCUGGUAUCAAGAAGUGGUUGAGAAGUGUUGCUUAAUAAAAGAUCUAGAGAUGCUUCCUUUUGGAGACCUUACUGAAAUUGGAGAAAGAGGCGUUAAUCUCAGUGGUGGACAAAAGCAGAGAAUUCAGCUAGCUCGUGCAUUGUAUCAAAAUGCAGAUAUCUAUUUUCUGGAUGAUCCAUUCAGUGCUGUAGAUGCUCAAACUGCAACAAGCCUUUUUAAUGAAUAUGUGAUGAGAGCUUUGUCUGAUAAAACUGUUUUACUUGUGUCCCAUCAAGUUGACUUCCUUCCAGCUUUUAAUUCUAUAUUGUUGAUGUCUGGUGGGGAAAUUAUAGAGGCUGGUACUUAUGAUCAGCUGCUAGCUUCAAGCCAAAAAUUCCAGGACCUUGUAAACGCUCACAAUAACACGAUUGGAUCCGAAAUGGACGUCUUGUAUUCUUCUAAUGGAAGAGCUAUGGCAUCCAAAGAUGUGAUCAAGAAUGUACAUGUUAAGGAAGAGCCUAUAAUGGCUACUAGAGAACAAUUAAUUAAGGAGGAAGAAAGAGAAACAGGAGAUACAGGUUUGAAGCCUUACUUGCAGUAUAUGAGACACAACAAGGGCUUUCUAUAUUUCACCUUAGCAAUUCUUUUCCAUGUGGCAUUCAUAAUUGGGCAAUUAGUACAAAGCUACUGGUUAGCAGCUGACCUUCAAAGUAGUGAAGUAAGCAGCAAGGAAUUACUCACUGUUUUUACAGUGAUUGGGUUUUCUUUAGCAAUCUUUUUGCUCCUUAGAUCCUUCUAUGUAGUUCUUCUUGGUUGUGGAGCUUCAGAAUCUAUCUUUUCUACACUGUUGAAGUCUUUGUUUAGAGCUCCAAUGUCCUUUUAUGACUCAACACCUGUGGGAAGAGUACUAAGUCGAGUGUCAUCAGAUUUAAGCAUCAUUGACCUUGAUAUGGCUUUCAAGUUAUCAAUCACAGUUGGAACAACCAUGAAUACCUACUUCAGCUUUUUUGUCUUGGCAGUGCUGGCUUGGCCAGCUGCAUUUGUCAUUAUUCCCAUGGUUUAUCUGACCAUACUUUUACAGAGACACUACUAUGCUUCUGCAAAGGAGUUGAUGAGAAUCACUGGAACAACAAAGUCUUCAGUUGCUAGCCACCUUGCUGAAUCCAUUGCUGGAGCCAUGACAAUCCGAGCUUUCGGAGGGGAAGAUCGACUCUUUUUAAAGAAUAUGAAUCUGAUUGAUGCCAAUGCAAGUCCAGACUUUUAUACUUUUGUUGCAAAUGAGUGGUUAAUCCAAAGGUUGGAAAUAUUGUGUGCCAUUGUUCUUUCAUCCACAGCCCUUUCCAUGACUUUGAUUUAUCUUGGACCAUCUGCAUCUGGGUUAAUUGGAAUGGCACUGUCAUAUGGCCUCUCAUUAAAUGUAUUCCUAGUUGUUUCGGUGAAGAAUCAAUGCUUUCUAUCAAGUUCAGUUGUUUCAGUAGAAAGGGUAGAGCAAUACAUGCAUAUUCCUAGUGAAGCUCCCGAAGUAAUUGAAACUAACCGGCCUACACGCGGCUGGCCUUGUCUUGGAAAAGUCGAGAUUUGUAAUUUGAAGGUUCGUUAUCGGCCUAAUGCUCCGCUGGUCCUUCAUGGCAUCAGCUGCAUAUUUGAAGGAGGAAGUAAGAUUGGGAUUGUUGGUCGGACUGGCAGUGGAAAAACGACUUUUAUCAGUGCUUUGUUCCGCCUAGUAGAGCCUGCAGAUGGAGAAAUCAUCAUUGAUAACCUUGACAUCUGUACAAUUGGGCUUCAUGAUUUGAGAUCACAUUUGGGGAUCAUCCCUCAAGAUCCAACUCUUUUUGGUGGAUCUGUUAGAUAUAAUAUAGAUCCUUUAGAACAGCAUACUGAUAAUGAAAUAUGGAAGGUUCUCGAAAAGUGUCAACUCCGAGAGGCGGUUCAAGCAAAAGAAGGCGGCCUGAACUCCAUCGUUGUACAAGAUGGAUUGAACUGGAGCAUGGGGCAGCGACAAUUAUUCUGCCUGGGGCGAGCAUUGCUAAAGAGAAGCAAGAUCCUAGUCCUUGAUGAAGCAACUGCAUCGAUUGACAACACAACGGACUCGAUCAUCCAAAAAACGAUAAGAACGGAACUCAAAGACUGCACGGUGAUAACUGUGGCUCACAGAAUACCAACUGUGAUGGACUGCAAUAUGGUGCUUGGCAUUAGUGAUGGGAAAUUGGUGGAGUUUGAUGAACCAACGAAGCUGAUGAAUAAGGAAGGGUCAUUGUUUGGACAGUUAGUCCAAGAAUACUGGUCACGUUCCUCCUAAUAUAAUGGUACUUGAAGAUUGGUAAUAAAGUUCUCUUUCAUAGAGCACAAUUACUGUAGAACAAGCUAUCAACUUUAGAAACGAGAAAACCAAGUCACUAUUCUGAUUUAAUUUUAUGUAAACAGUAAAAAGAUUUUUAGUUA